CUCAUACGAGCGUGGAUAUUGUAAAUGGUAGGGGAGUUGUGGAGUUGUGUGUACAAGUAUCCCGUACGAAGCUUUCCAACUUCAACCUAAAUCAACUGCUCCUGAUUAGCUAGACGCUCCAUUUUCAGCAUGUUCCAGCUCCUUUGGUGAUUCUGGAAAUGUAGAUGUUUAAUAUUUUGAGCUAGAAUGUUGGAAAAUGACGUCCGAACAAGUGGGAGAAGUCAUGACUUCGAACGCUCCCAUUCCCGCUGAAGUAGGUUUGUCGACUGCCUACGAUAGCCGACUUUUUGGAUUCAUGACGACGGAAGGGGAAGAGGGAGCCCAGAAAAAGGCCAUGCUAAAUAAGGCCAUUGCCCAGCUUGAGCAGGAGAUCAAGAAGAAGGAGGUCAGUGACCCUAAGAUCUACUGCAAGCUGGGACACUACCAUUUACUGCUGGGAGAAUAUAGCAAAGCGCUAUCAGCUUACCAGAAGUUCUUCACGUUAGAUAGCGAAUACUGGAAGGAUGCAACCUUUCUCUAUGGACUGGGUAUGGUCUACUUCCAUUUUAGCGCCUACCAGUGGUAAGUCCCAUCUAAUUCUUUUUGUGUUUGUUUGUCGUUAGUGAAGUGUCCUACUACAUGUACAUUUGUUUACGUGUAUCUUUGCGAAGUCUGUGUACUUAUUGUGUGUGACAUUUAGGGACCUGUACUAUUAAGUGCUAUAGAUUUCUUUUAUGUUUGUGGGUGCAUACCUUUGCUGGGGAAAAGUUGAAUUCCUUUUUGUGGACAUCUUUGAAGAAAAUUCCCUGCUGAUUAUACAUAUUCGAUCUUAUUAUAUUAAGGCGUGUAGCUAUAUGCUUUAGGCUACUUUAUUGUGUGUGUGUGUGUGUGUGUGUGUGUGUGUCUGUGUUAGUGCAUUGAUGGAUGAAAGAGUGCUCAACAGUUUGCUCAUACUUUUGUGAAUAUAUUCUAUUGAUGUUCCUCCUGUUGACGUACAGUUGAUCAAUAUGUCUGCCAUAACUAUAAAUAAAAGUGUCAUUUUUAGGGAGAAUCUAUGCUGCUGAUAACUAUGAUAUUGAUGCAAAGAUACUCAAUAUCACAAGUCAUUAUUUUAUUUUUAUGAACUGUUAUAUAUUGUGUGUGUGUGUGUGUGUGUAUUUUGGAUGUUGUAGAAAUAGCAACGAAGUUACGAAAGCUUUUUAAUACAGAUCAUCACAAAAUUAGCAUCUGGCUACUUAACAAAUGUAAACCACAAUAAACUUAAAGUCCAACUGCUUUGCCGGUUACUUCCAUUUUUAACCAGCAUCAAAUGAAAUAAGCCAGGAUGCAUCGCCAAGAAAUAUUUUCAAGAGUAUCAAGUUCCCUGUCUCCAUUUUGACUGGUGUGGAGUAAUCCUCACUAAUCAAGUUUUCCUUCUUUAUUUCCAACACCUUAGAGUAUAUGUAUUUAGUACAGUAUUGUUAUUUGAAGUUCAUUGGUCACAUUACACAUACAGAACCCUAGAGAAUCUUGCUUUGACAGGGAAAAUUGUGGGAAGAAGGAGUAGGGGAAGAAGGAGUAG